AUGGCUCGUCCUAUAAAGGGUCCCUUCAGUGGGCAACAUAAGAUUCGACCAACUUCUGAAAAACAAAAUGAUACGUAUUUUAUUAUUAAAAGAAUCUCAGACACUGAAGAAACAUUCCAUACUGUUUCACCUUUCCUCGUUCAGAAGGCUAUCAGCGCUACAGUUGGCGAAGUGACGUCUAUAAGGAAGCUUCGAUCUGAUGAUUUGCUAGUCGAGGUAAAUUCACGACAGCAAGACCAGCAAAUUUUAAAAAUUAAAGCAAUAGCCACAAUUAAAAUUAGCGUAAGCCCUCACGAAACUUUGAAUCAUUCCAAAGGAGUAAUAACUUGUGGAGAAUUGUUGAAUGUUCCACUAGAAGAAAUAACUUUUGAACUAAAAAACCAGGGAGUAACGCACGUAAGCCGAAUCAAUAUACGGCGGGAUGGACAACUCCUGGGAACAAAGCAUCAUAUUCUCACAUUUCAUUCUCCAAAGUUGCCUGAAUUCAUUUAUGCCGGAUACAUUAAACUACCCGUUCGUCCCUACAUUCCAAAUCCUUUGAGGUGCUUUAAGUGCCAGAGAUUUGGACACUCUCAAACUAACUGCCGCGGGACGCUCACUUGUGCCCGUUGCGCAGAAAAGGGUGAUAGCAAACAAUGCACAGCACAAGAGGGGUGUGAAAAUUGCAAUGGCAACCAUACUGCCUAUUCCCGGUUAUAUCAACGCUGGCAACUCGAAAAAGAAAUCACUGCAGUAAAAGUUAAAGAACAGAUAUCUUACCCCGAAGCACGACGAAAAGUUUUAGAAAAACAACAGUUGGAAUUAGCCACGCUUCUGUAG